CUACACUGCGCCUCCUUCACACUCACCAGCCUCAGCAGACAAGCCAGUAACCCGACGACAUUGCGUGUUCCUGGAGGACAUUGGACCACUCACAGUCGGCCGUUGAUUCUUGGUGUCUACGAAGCUCUCCACGUUGGCCCAAGCGCGGGCUCCAGGGCUCCCUCCUCCACAUCCCACCUAUUCUUGGGCACACGCGAAUCCAGUACCUACAUCAUGGAUAUCCAACAGCGAGGGCGCUCUCCCUCAGUAGGCCAGCGCAUUCAUAAGGCACACUCUCCCUCGCCCAGCCCACAUGCGCCCUUCCAGCACCAGCACAACGUCGGCCUGGGCUUCGAUCCUGCUCAAGACCCAUCCUCGUACGCCGUCACCAGCGCGGGGUUGAACAACACGCACUUCCUCACCACGACCCAAGGCCAGCCAUUCCCCCAGCAGAACACCUUUGCCGACCCGAGUUUCUUCCAAGCCACGCAGAACAUCUCGCAGCACAACACUCCGCAAUUCGGCCCCCAAGGCAGCAACAUCUCGCCCGACCCACUCGACAUCGCCAACUCCACCAACGCCGACUACGCCAACUUCUUCCAGGCCAACGAUCUCGGCCAGAACCAGUCGCUGCCGUCGUAUCUUGGGAAUACGCUUGACCCGCACAUGCUUGACAGCCAGUCGCAACACAAUCAGUCCAUCGACCCUUCCGAUCUUAUGCACCAGAUGGCAGCCACACAGCACAACGCGCCUACCCCGCCGCACCUGCUGCCCAGCAUGAACAACCACCAUUCCCCGAGCCCACAUGCUUCGCCGAACCUGAACCAAGGCCCCUUCAGAUCACCCGGCCAUUCGCGACACACAUCGUUAGACCCCAGCGCAGCCUACGGUCAGAUUACGGAAUGGGGGCAGAUGGCGGGCGGGUUUGGCCAGCACCGGUCGAGGUCUAGGGGCAACAGCGACGCUGCGUCCUCUGUGCACGCAUCGUCGGUGCACAACUCGCCGUACCUGCACCACCAGGACAGCUUGGACAAUGAGCAGCCGUCGCCCCUCAUCAACGCACAGAACGACCCCCAGCUGUUCCAGGACCCUGUUCCAGGAUUUGAUCGAUUCAACUUGAACAGCAGCAAUGCGCACAUGAGCGCGGGUAAUAGUCCUCACAUCUCGCCUCGUCUGCUUCCGCAGAAUCAACAAGUCCUCCCUCCAUUCCAGCCCGACACCUUUGGUCUCAACCAAAACCUGAACCCGUAUGCGCCUCCAGAUAUGAAUAGCUACCCAGGUCAAGCGGAGCCGUUCCCCUCCUUGAACCAACCUGUGCCUGAGUUUGGCCAGGCCGACGCCAUGUCACCGCCGGAAAUCAACAUUGACUUCGCACCGCCUUCACGGCAAGCAAGCUUUGAGCCACCCAAGCCCGAGCAUCAAAUAGAUGCGCUGAGUCCGCCAGACAGAUCACGCAGCCGGAACAGAACCCGCGCCAGAUCCGAUCCCUUCAGCAGUGCUAGCUCGCGUGCAUCAACACCAGGCUCGGACGUGAACCGCUCACUUUCCCCUCACGCUGCCAAGUCUCGUUCUCCUUCGCCCUCGAAUAAAUCCUCGCGCCGUUCUUCUACAUCAAGCGUGCCCAAUCGCGACUACAUCUUGGAUCUCGCAGAUCCGUCGCGGCCUGCGCCCGCGGAUGGCUCCAACCCAAAGCGCACACAGAAGCAUCCGGCAACCUUCCAGUGCACGCUGUGUCCAAAGCGCUUCACUCGCGCCUACAACCUCCGAUCGCAUCUGCGAACACAUACGGACGAGCGUCCGUUUGUGUGCAGUGUCUGUGGGAAGGCCUUUGCGCGCCAGCACGAUCGCAAGCGACAUGAAGGUCUCCAUUCGGGCGAGAAGAAGUUUGUCUGCCGUGGCAACCUCAAGAAUGGCAACAACUGGGGCUGCGGUCGGCGUUUUGCCCGUGCGGAUGCUCUUGGACGUCACUUCCGAUCUGAGGCAGGCCGAGUGUGCAUCCGUCCGCUACUCGAAGAGGAGGCGCGCGAGAAGGGUGAAUGGGAUGGCCAAAACCAGCAGUUAAACAAUGGCAAUGGCAUGUUCGCACCAAUGCCAGCUCAAAACUUUGGUAGCAUGAUGCCCGGGCAAACUGGCUUCGAGUCGUUCCCUCAGGCUGGUGGCAUGCAAGCCCCACAGCCGUUCCUGCCUGCUGCCAUUCUCGCUCAGUACCCAGCACUCGCGGGCAUUCAGUGGGAUCAGCUCCCGGCCGGGCCGCCUGAUGACGAUGGCGAUAUUAGCGGUCGCAGCAGUUUCGAUGCUUCUAGUGGAGGCGAGUACUUCGAAGAAGAGAGCGACUACCAGCAGGGCGGUCAACAGCCCAUGUACGCUGGUGGAAACAACAGCGGGUGGGUGAGCGACUCGUACGAUGGACGCUAACCUUCCUUCUUCACGCUCUCCUUUCUCUGGUGGCCCUCAUCUCUUUACGAUUCUGCAACGCAUUCACGACUUGUUUCUACGAACCAUGUGCGCCUGUGCCUUCUGUCAAUUCAUGUUCUUGUUUGGAUACCACUUUCAUUGCUUCGUACGCGCCCAAGGGUCAUUGAUACCCCCGGAUUGGAGACUAUCAGGGAGUUUUAUUUUGGAGAUUAUGGGCCUCGACGCCUGCUUGUAGCCGUCUUUGCUCAGUGGCGUUCUAGUGUUUGAUUUAGACGGGAGUAUAUACCACACGAAAUGCGGCUUCAAGCUUUCACUUUGAUCCUUCGUUAUUUGAGAUGUGAUGUGACUGGUGCCUUGGCUACGCUGAAAAUUAUCUUGAUGUAUGUAACUUCACUUAUGCAGCAUGGGUCACCAGACGAAGAUCGGAUCUGAUUGUUCCUUCAGUCGAGCCUGAUUUGCAAC